GUUGAGGCACUCAUAUAGAUCUCCCACCAUUUCCUAAUUUCCCAACCACAUCCACAGUCAUUCUUCUCAUCAACACUACUACCACAGUACCACCAUGGCCUCCUCCGAAGUCAACAUUGUCGCUCUGGUCUACCCCCAGCCCGACAAGGUCGAAGAGCUCUCCGCCCUCCUCGCCAACCUGACCCAACAAGUCCAAGCCAAUGAGCCCGACACGUUGGUAUAUUACUCUUUUACCAAUAAGGAAAAGACAGUGAUUAGUGUGAUUGAGAGAUACCGAGACCAAGCUGCAUUCGAGAAACACGGCCAAAGCGCGUAUUUCAAGGAGUUUGUGGAAAAGGGCAAGGGGUUGAUGGCCAAGCCGUUUGAACUGGUGGUUGGGGGAGGCGUGUUGGAGGGGUCGACUUCUGUGGUGAGGACGUGA